AUGUCGCUUGAUUCUCUGAGAAACCAAGUACUUUCUAACCUUGUGGCAGAAGAAAAAGUUGAAGUAAAUCAAAGGCAUUUGAUUGACAAAAUUUUGGCACGAUACUCAGCUGAGUUUGUAGUUUUUCGAGAGCUUAUGCAAAAUGCAGACGAUGCCAAAUCUUCAAGCGUAGAAAUAAUAUUUCAAACGCAGAAAAACGGAGUUGCUAACGCAAAGACCAAUUUCAAGGAUAAAUGUGUGCGAAUACUAUUUAAAAAUAAUGGAUUUCCAUUUAGGCCUGAAGACUGGAACCGUCUAAAGAAAAUUGCCGAGGGAAAUCCGGACGAACAAAAGAUUGGGGCUUUUGGGGUGGGAUUUUACUCGUUAUUCUCCGUAUGUGAAGAGCCAUUUGUUUCUUCCGGUGGACAGGGAAUGGCUUUUUACUGGCGUGGAGAUCAACUAUUUGCUAAACGCGGACCAACUGAUCAAGUUGAUCAAACAUGGACUACCUUUUUGAUGGAUGCAAGAGAACCAGCAGAACUUCCAAAUCCCGACCAAUUUGGUCGUUUCAUUGCGACCUCAUUAGGUUUUACUGGAAAUCUUCGCGAAGUCACAGUAUACUAUGAUGAUCACCGAAUAGUACACCUCACUAAAAAAAUGACAGAUCCGCGAGCAAUGAACAUUAUUUCCGGUAUUGGCACAUAUUCACCAAAACAUCUAUUUCAACUAACAUCAGUCGACGUAAGAAACGUACAACUUGAUGUACAACGACUAAUAAUACCACAACCAUCGUUACGGUCACGGACAAUAUCAAUUCAAGAUUGUUCGCUAGAGAGCACGACAAUAUUUCUGCGAAUAGCUAAUGGGUAUUUGGAUGUGAGAGUAAGCAAAGAAUUUUCAGCAGAAAUGGAACGGUCAACGAAAAAGAAACCGCCGAGCAAGACACUAAUACAGAUGCUUUUCACUGGGUUUGAUGAACAUAGUUCCUCGGGAGGUGGUGGCUCUGAUAAUGCACAAAGUAAAAAAGUUAUUGACAUUUUCAAAGAUUUGCUGCCGUAUCCGGAACAAGGGAGAAUUUUCAUUGGAUUUCCCACACAUCAAACCACUGGGUGUUGUUCACAUCUUGCCGCAAGAGUCAUACCAACAGUAGAAAGAGAAUCGGUUGACUUGGUUGAUAAAACGUUGGCUGUCUAUAAUGAGGAGAUGCUUACUAUGGCCGGAAUACUUUCUCGACUACUGUAUGAAGAUGAAAUGAGUCAAAUAGCACUAAUGUAUCGAGAAUUGAUUGGAUCACAUUCACACUCUGAUAAUGAUGUAAUUAAAGCCUCUAAAGAAUGGCUUCAAAAUAGAGCUGCUCACGCACUCACUCAUUUCACGUUUAAGUAUAGCACACCAAAUCCUCGAGUAGGGAACAUUAUCGAAAAUAUAUUCUUUCAAUGUUCUUCUAAGAAUUUGUCGAUAUUAUCAACAACUGGAGUGAUGCCAAUUAAUGAGGUCCGGCUUCCUAAUCAGGAUAUGCAAACAUUCAUAAAAUAUGUGCCGGUUGUCCCCACAGUUCUUUCAGAAAAAUGUGGUCCAUUUUUCCGAAAGGCUAAAGAACAAUUGAAUUAUAUACAGGAAUUGACCAUAAAUGAUGUGUUUACGGAAUUACGUCAUCGUAAAUUGUCCUAUGAUGAGAUAGUGGCACUCUUUAAAUGGUGGAUAGGACAUUGCAAUAAAAACGGUCUUAAUGUAGACCAAAUGAAUCAACUACUUCGUCUAGCCACCGUUCAGGUUCCAGGCAGUAAUCACGUAGCGUUGGAAAAGUUUCGAUAUUUUUUGAAUCCAAAGACGAUACCCCCGGAUUGUGACGUUCCGAAUAAUAUGCUCCCGUAUUCAAUUACAAAGUCAUUUCACAAGAAUGAUCUUGAAAAAUUUUUUGG